GGAAAUGAAUGCGAGUAUCGUCAUUGUGAUGGUGCCAGAGCCAACCCUAGGGAUUGCUGGUACUGGCUGAAUGGGAACUGUCUGAAUCUGAAAUGUUUGUUCCGGCAUGCGCCACUUGAUGGCCUGUUUGGGACUCAAGGGCCUUCUUCAGGGCCAGUUCAACCUCCUUCACGAGCUGUUGCAACAACAAAAAUCCCUGCAGGACAUGCUCCUUCCACUAUGAAUAAGGAAAGGGUGCCGUGCUACUAUUUUCAAAGAGGACACUGUUUAAAAGGUGAAAGAUGCCCUUUCACUCAUGGCCCACAGGCAUCUGGUAAUCCUGUUUCGCAGCAGGUCGCAAAGGUUACCACAAUAAUUCCUGAACCAGCACUUCAGCAUUUUCAAGGAAAUCAAAGACAAAUUCCCCAGGGAAGCUCUAGAAGCACUCGCCUGCAAGGAAGAAUUACACUCCCUGGAAGGUCUUUGCCCGACAUCCCAAAUGAUUUACCAUCUGAAAAUCAUGGGAAUAGAGGAAGACCUCGAGGCAGACCGUCACCACUCAGACCAAGAAAUUAUCAGGGGAGGCAUCAUGAAAGAGUAAGACAGAGAUCAAAUGAGGAGUUCGCUGCAGAUGCAAGAAGUUCUGGAAGAAAGCGAACUAGAAGAGAUGAUACAAGCCCCCCAGAUUUUGCUGGUCCAAAGAGUCUUGCAGAGCUGAAAGGUGCAAAGGUCAUGGAGAAUUCUCAAGAUUUGUCCACCAAGAGUAUAAGUGCUGCUACCCCUCUACAGCUGAAUAAUAUGAAGACUGCAAAAGGAGCAGAGCUUCGGUAUCCUAAAGAUUCUCUCUCAUUUGAAGGUCCGAAGUCACUGAGCGUCAUUCUUAAAAGAAAAAGAGAGGUAGCAUCUGCAAAUGAUGCAAGCAGUGGAGAUGAAAAUGAUCGAAGAGAUGGAGAAAAUGCAGCAGAUGGUUCUGUUUUAGUUGCUUUAUCAGAUGUGCAUCAGUCUAUUCUUCCAGUAGAAACCAAGAAAGAUGGUCAUGACGAUGCCAGCAGUCUUGAAGAAAACAAGGAUAGAACAACCAAGGAGAAAGAAGAAGGGGGUCUAAACCAUGGAGAAGAGGGAUCAAUCUAUGAUGGUCGUUCUUCAGCUGAAGAAGAUAUGUUUGAUGCAGAUGAU